GUUCAGAACACAUACGAGGUUCAGAAGACAUACCAGGUUCAGCACACGCACGCGGAUCAGGACACCUACGAGGUUCAGAAAAUAUACCAGGUUCAGUACACGUACGCGGAUCAGAACACCUACGCGGUUCAGAAGACAUUCAAGAACGAAGCAGACGAGUCGAUCGCGGCGGUCCUGGUUCUGAGCAGGCUCCAGGGCGGCGUCAGGAAGCAAGCUCUUCGGUUUACCGUGGAGCGAGACGGCAUGAGCUUCGUGGGAGAGAAUGCGUUCGCUCUCCCAGCCGUUGCAGCGGACCAUCAACGAGGAGUGGAUGCAGAACCGAGUGGACUGGCCCAGUUCACGCGACGGCUUGGCCAAGAAUACGGCCUUCAUGAGCGGGGCAAUGCGACGAUGCACCCAGGCAAAUUCUUCGCUUUCCGACGAGGCCCCCGAGACUUAGCUCAGUAUAUCGCGGCCUUCGAGGUGGCCCACGACGAGGCCUCGGAGACAGCAGGUCUGGAGGUCAACGCGGCAGGGCGAUCUCACCUCCUCCUGUCAGGAAGCGAACUACCUCAGCGUGAGAUAGAGGGCGUCAAGUUGAAGGUCGACGGAGACUUGAACAGAUGCGGUGAGAUAAAGGGCCUGCUCGGCCGAAUGGUUAAGGCAGACCAAGCCAAGAACCGCGCCGGCGACUUCGGCGGCUUCUACGGCGAGGAGUACUGUUGCGACGACGACGACUGGCACGACGACGACUGGGGCGAGUGCGAGGUCAACUGGGGCGGCGAGGGCUGGAGCAGCAACGGUGGGAAUAGCUCAAGUUGGGGCAGUCGCGGAGACCAGCGGGAUGAUCACUCGCCGGGCGCGUGCGCCUACAAGGGCAGCAAAGGAAGUAAAG